AUGGAAGAGACCAAGCCUCCCUUCACCUCAGAAAUCAUGGAUGAGGUGAUGCCACAGAGGUUCAGGAUGCCUCCAGUCAUCCAAUACUCAGGGUCUGGAGACCCGUCAGAACAUGUGGAGUCCUACCGUUCGUGGAUACAGAUCCAGUUGGCCACGGACGCAAUGUUGUGUAGGGCUUUCUCGUUAACCCUCUCCGGGUCUACUCGAAGUUGGUAUCGACAACUUAAGCCUAAGUCGAUCGGCUCCUUUGCAGAGCUCAGCAGAUUAUUCCUUACCCAGUUCAUCACCAGUAAAAAGAGUCGGAAGCCGACUACUCAUUUGUUCACCCUCAAGCAGGGGAACAAGGAGUCAUUGAAGGACUUCAUCGCUCGCUUCAAUAAAGAGGCACUGUUAAUGGAUGACUACAAUGACAAGAUGGCACUUUCUACCAUGUUCAGCGGACUUAAGGAGGGGAAGUUCGUCUUCUCAAUCGAGAAGAAUCCACCGACUACUUUAGCCAAGCUCAUCAGCCGAGCCCAGAAAUACACCAAUGCCGAGUUCUCUAACUCCCGUAAGAAUGUCCAAGUUGCUGAGCAGUCAUCUAAGGAGAAGAGACCGAGGAAUGAAGAGCCUCAGUCAUCCAGCAAAAAGCCAGACGAUCAAGCCUCUCGCAAUCGCUGA